CAGUUAUAGAUAUCGUUGCCAUUGACGCCAAUUUUAACGGAUCCUAUCUCUUUCCAUGCAUAUAUACUCAAAACUAACAAUGCAAAAUCUUUUUCUUUUCUGUUCGUUUAUCUUUUGGUAUCAAAAUUAGUUUGUUAUUACUGAUUCUGCUGGUUUUCAAUUCGUUCGUGCGAUUAUUUUCAUGGGCAUUGUGAAAUGACAUGCCGAAAAUUUUAAGAGAGAGAGAGAGAGAGAUUUCCUUUUCUCAAAUAUUUGAUGGUUAUAUAUCUCUAUCUUUUUUUUUCUUCCUCUUGUCCAGUUGAUCAAAGCCUCACAAGAAGCGUACCUUUUUUUUUUGCGCAUUUUCAUGUGCAAGUGCGAUGUCGUCUCAUGAACAUGACGCUUCUGAGCCUGCUUCUUCUGUGUUGUCCUUUCGUAUCUCACGAGUCAUUUGGAGUAUAUUUAUGAUAAAAAUUUGUAGUACCUGUGUUGUCAUUGAUUGGUACAUUUUUGUGAUCUAGCAGUUGUUGUUUGCUUUUUAAAAACUAAUUUUGAGUUUUUCAAAAAAGUACCAUAUGCUGGACACUUUGGCUCUUCAUUUACUUUUAAGGUUGGAUUUGUUUCCCCUUUUUUCUUCCAAGAGAAUAUCUGUUUUUCCUUGUCUGCUUACUGGUUUUCUUUGUGUUUGUCAAAAGCUUUCUUUCUUUCUUUUUUGCCGCCAGGGUAAAGAAUUAAAAAAAAAACUCAUUUCCAACUGUAAAAUAAAAUGCGUCCAAAUCGUCAAAAAGAGAGAGAGAGACACCGUAAUUAAGGAGGGAAGCAAUCGUUCAACAGUACAAAACUCCCUUGUGAUUUAAAAGAUUUACAAUAUCCUAAUUUACACAAGCUUUGCUGGUUGACACUGAUUUGUCAACUGAUGCUGGAGUAAAACAGUAGUAGAUUCUACUAGCAUGGAGAACAACAGAAGAAAAAAAAGAGAAGUAUUAUUGCUCUCUCUAUCUCUCGAAAAAAGUUGAGUGUGACUUUCAACUAAUUUUAAUGCACACGCACACACAUACAUACGGACAUCCAUAUCCAAAUAAUGUUGGUAGUCCCUUUCUUGCAUCUCCCAAAGGCCUUGCUCUUUUCGUCCAAAUGCACACAAGACCCCACUCAUUUUCACCAUCCACCAUGCAACACCAAGAUGAAGAUCCUGACAUUCCUCUGGGAGUUGGCGGCGUUCUUGACCGGGGCGAACCUGAUCAUGGAGUAUGUCUUCUCCAACGCCGCCGUGGCGAGGAGCUUCACGGCGUACCUCGGCACGGCGGUGGGCGUCGACGCGCCGAGCAAGUGGCGGAUUGCCGUGCCGGGCCUCCCCAAGGGCUUCAACGAGGUUGACCUUAUCGCUGUCGGCGUCAUCCUCCUCAUCUCCGUCUGCAUCUGCUACAGCACCAAGGAGAGCUCGGUGGUGAACAUGGUGCUAACGGCGGUGCACGUGGCGUUCAUCCUGUUCAUCAUAGUGAUGGGGUUCUGGCGCGGCGACACCCGGAACCUGACGCGGCCCGUCGACCUGGCGCACAACCCGGGCGGGUUCUUUCCUCACGGCGCAGCCGGCGUGUUCAACGGAGCCGCCAUGGUGUACCUGAGCUACAUCGGGUACGACGCCGUGUCCACCAUGGCCGAGGAGGUGGAGCGGCCGUCACGCGACAUUCCCGUCGGCGUCUCCGGCUCCGUCGUGCUCGUCACACUCCUCUACUGCCUCAUGGCCGCCUCCAUGUCCAUGCUCCUCCCCUACGACGCGAUAGACACGGAGGCGCCAUUCUCAGGGGCGUUCAAGGGGAGCUCCGGAUGGGGGUGGGUGUCGAACGUGAUCGGCGCCGGCGCCAGCCUCGGCAUCCUGACGUCACUCAUGGUGGCGAUGCUAGGUCAGGCCAGGUACCUCUGCGUCAUCGGCCGCUCCGGCGUCAUGCCAGCGUGGCUCGCCAAGGUGCACCCCUGCACCGCCACCCCCGUCAACGCCUCCGCCUUCCUCGGUGUGUUCACGGCGGCGCUGGCGCUGUUCACGGAGCUCGACGUGCUGCUCAACCUCGUCUCCAUCGGCACGCUCUUCGUCUUCUACAUGGUCGCCAACGCCGUCGUCUACCGCCGCUACGUCGCCGCCGACGACGACGACGCCGACCACCGCCGCGCGUGGCCGACGCUCGUGUUCCUCGCCGCCUUCUCGCUCGUGGCGCUCUGCUUCACGCUGCUGUGGCAGUUCGCGCCGGCGGGGCGCGCCAGGACGGGGCUCCUCGCGGCGUGCGGCGCGGCCGCCGUGGCGACGGUCGGCGCGUUCCGGGCGCUGGUGGCGGAGGCGCGGCGGCCGGAGCUGUGGGGCGUCCCGGCCAUGCCGUGGGUGCCCGCGGCGUCGGUGUUCCUCAACGUCUUCCUCCUCGGCUCCCUCGACCGCCCCUCCUACGUCCGCUUCGGCUUCUUCACCGCCGCCGCCGUGCUCGUCUACGUGCUCUACAGCGUGCACGCCAGCUACGACGCCGAGGAGGGCGGUGGCGCCGGCGCCGGCGCCGCCGCGCUCGACGGCGCCAAGGUGCAGGACGAGGCUGCAGACUUCAAGGUGUAGCAGGGUGUGUGGUUGACCGUUGACUUAUGCACAGCUCAAUCUCGACCUACCUUUUUCUUUUUCUUUUUUGUUUGUUGAAUUUUUUUUUUUGUGUUGCCUCAAUCAUUAGGAGAUUAGGGGUAUGAUGACUAUCACGUUAAUUAGUAGAGAAGAAUCUAACAUGGUUACAUGGGGAAGAAAAACACGAGAGAAAAAACAAGGGAAACUUUACUUGUAAGUGCAAGAUGAAAUGUACAUGCAUUUUGCCAAUUUUUCUCUGCCAAAAUUAAUUACUGGAUAGUAUUGUUUUUCUCUUAUUUUUUAUA